CUCUAGAAAAGCGUUGUGAAAGCUAGUGUUGCAUAAACUAGUGACAAACUAUUAAGCCAAUGAAAGGUUAUACCUAAAACAAGAACAGGCAGAGUAGCAUUGCUACUACUGUCAUCCCUUGAGCAAAACAAACAUGAGUUACUCACUUAGGUAGAAGAAAGUAGAGACAUUUACUCUGUCUCUCAAUGGAGGGCUGACUAGAGACUGUUGUGACUAUCUUUGGAAGAAACAUCCAUACCAAUGAUCUCCAAAGAGUGACUCUGGAAUGGAAGAACUCCAGCUGAGCAAUUCCCAGGUAGCUUGUAUCAAUAAGACUGAUGGCAACAGGAAGGAUUGCUCCAUUAGUUACAAUUUUAGGGUUACCUUCUACGGAGAAGAUCUGAGAGUUUUCAUGUAAGUCUCAGAUGCUUACCCCCUUCAAAAUCAUCCACUGUCUGAAUGCCUUCUCUCUUCCUCUCACCAAAUCACACAUUUGACUUAGCCUGGAUUCUCACAGGGGUGAAUUCAAAUAUUUCAGUACUUGAGAAGUCAAAUUAACACAUUGGCAUCUUGAUUUACAUAUUUGUCUCUUGUAACUUUAUUCAGUGUGAAUCUAUUCCAGACAAUCUAAAUUUUUCUGAGCUUCAUAAGAUUACAUUUUCCACGUUCAAAGCCAGAACCUAGAUACCUCACUAACAAGCCACUGCGUUGUGGUAUGUUAGACCAGCAGUCAAUUGAUCUUCAACAUCAUAUUAUAUUGCUUCCACUUAAUAUUUUAGAAGAUUCAAUACAUAUUCCUGUACUUAUAGAGAACAAUGCUUUUGAAAGUUGUCUAUUUUAGCUACAGAAAAUCUUAAUCACUACUGAGUUUUCUGUCUAGUCAGAUAUAUUAAUGGGCUUUCCAAGUUCUAUACUUCUUAUGAGGAUUCUUGUUUUAUCCAAAGUUUCCAUAUGACUUAUACAUCAUAGUGAUGGGGAUCUUCAGCCAAUCACAUUCCAUUUAGUGUGUCACCCUGGGGCCACAGAAAAACAGAUAAAACGUUCAGGUGCACUUGCCUCUGCCUCUUUUGUUCCCUGCGCUCCUGUAUCGCUGGAACCCUGGUUUUGGAUUCACUCCAGAUCUCCUAGCAACUGAGUAGCCUCAACGAAACAAAUCCCUGAGGCUGAUGCCGUGGCCACAGACAGGAAUAUGGGAGACCACAGACUGCCAGGGAACCAGGCCCUGCGGACACUAAAGUCAACAUCUCAGGACACGACCAGCAAGUCUAUGUGGAAAGACUCUUCCAAAUAUCUCUUAAAGCACAAGAAAGAUCAGCUAAGGUUGUCCACCUCCGUGGAGGGCCAGCACCACCUUUAUGUGAAGGAACGGCCAGAUGAUUUCAGGAAAGUCCGGACACCAAGUGAAGUGCUGACCCCACGCAGCGUGGAGAGUACCUUUUUCCCUACGAUUUCUCGCGGAAUGCGCAGUUCCAUCGCCAACAAGAACCAGAGGAUGCUGAUUGAGGACUCAGGGCUGUAUCAACCACUUUUGCCUGUUCAGCAUACAUGUAGAACCUUCUGGGACGACAUAGCUUUCCGCCAGAAUCAGAAUCUGUUGGCUCCCUGGCCUCGAGGAGAAGAAAAUUCUGCAGACAUAUUAAUCAAAAUGCUGGAAACACCGAAACCUAACCGGAUGCUGGAGAACAAGUGGCCGUACUGGGAAGAUCACAGGGAAGCAACCAAGCAGCCCACCAACUCUGGCAAACAGUCUCAAGGAAAAUUAGAUCUGGACCCUCACAGGCUUCCGUGGUCAUGUGAAGGCAGACACAGGAGACAAGAUAUGCUUAGCUCUAUUUAUCAUAAAUAUGUAUACAAAGGAGGGGGUGACAUCUGUGAAUGUGCUGAACCUUGGCGAGAGCCCAUUCAACAAAUUGACAAGGGCUACAAAAACCAACCAAGCUAUGAAGAAUCACCUGUCAAGAAAACCGAUCUGCCUACAUUUGAUCUCAGGAAUGGCAGGAAAACAAGUAAAGUGAAGGACACCAGACUCUCCAAACAAGACUCCAGCUUUGUUAUAAAUUUCCAAAAGCCACAAGAUCCUCAUAAAACCAGCAAGGAUCUCAAGGAGACUAGGUAUGAAUCACCAUACUUGAGAAACAACUAGUUUGAAAUACUAGAAAAUGAAGACCCUAUAUCAGAUUCCAAUGAACUUGAACUUCAAGCUGAAAACCUUGGUAAUUCAGAAAAUGCUGAUGAAGCUUAUGAUCCGACUGACUGGAAAUACUUCAUAAGCAAGGAGGACACUGCACUCAGCAGCCUUGAGCUGAUAUAUACGAAGGGAUGGGGUAAUGAAAUGUCUUCUCCUACAUCAAAAAUGUUUAAAGAUUAUUAUUGGAUCAUGGAUAAAGAUGAUGAUGACGAUGACGACGAUGAUGAGGAAGAACAUAAAGAAGAGGAAAAACUAAAAGAAAAGAAGAAAGAAAAUAACUAGAUGACUUUCUAAUUAGGACUUAUUUGGCUAUAUCUAGUGCUCAUUUACACAUCAAUCAAAUUAUACAUCAUGUAGCCAUAAUUUUUAUGUUCCAAGGAUCAGGGCCUGUGGUGUGGUAGAACAUUAUGGUUGUGGGACUGUUUACAAAGUUGUUAGUCUCAAGGGAAUCAGGACACAGAGAGGAAGGCAGGAAGGGACUGUGAACUUGAUACAUUUCAAUAACUUAGAGAAACAGAAACUAAACAAAUUCAGAAUUAAUUUUAAAAAUGAAAUAGCAAACAUUAGAGCAGAAGUAAGUAAAGUCUGUUUAAAACCACUGAUUAACUAUUUGCAGUUUAGGGAAAGAUUAACAACACUACUUAGUUAGACUAAUUAAGAAAAAGGGAAGAAACAGAUAACCAGAAAAAUAAAGUCAUAUUAAAGUACAUAAUUACAAGAAAUCAUUAGGUGCUACUUUGUAGAGCAUCUGCAAGUUUGAAAAUGUAGAAGAAAUGAACAUAUAUGACUUACAAAAUUAAAAUAAGCAGCUAUAAAAGCAAACUUGCUGAGUGAACCUAUAAUUAGCAGUGAAAUUAAAUCAGUACUAAAAAAAAUAUCUACUGGAAAAAGUCCUGGGAACUGAUGGCUUCACUAGUGAAUUUUAUCAACCUUUUCUAGAAUUGAUGCCAGUCUUUCUGAAACUAUUACGUAAACUUGUUAGGAGGAAAACUUUAAACCUUGUUCUGUAAAACAGCAUUACUCUGUUAAUCAAAACCAGACAUUGAAGGACGGAGCAAAGUA